AUGGCAACAAUAGAUGGAAACACGGACGUUGAGACCCUGUUGGCUGCGAUCCACCUGGAGCGAUACCUGAAGACCUUCCGCCAGUCAGGCUUCCUCAUGGCCAGGGACCUCAGCCACCUAGACAAUGGAGGUCUUAUCCAGCUGGGCAUAACUGCCACCGGGCACAGGAAGAGAAUACUGAGGCUGGUCCAGCACAUUCAGAGGGCCACCAAUCAGAAUCAGUCGAUAUCGAGACCCUUGGAGCCCUUAUUGGACCGUUGUCAGUCUGAGUCUGACAUUAAUUCCACACCCAUCCAAUCAGGAGGGCCGAAGUCUGACCAAGGGGGCGGAACCGGGGCCAUUCCGUUUGAAGCGUUCCGGAAUAGUUCCGUUCCAAACAUUCCAUCCAUGAUGAUGAACUCUGAGUCAGAACAGCAGCAGCAGUACAAUGGGAAUGUUGUCAUAAAACCGGUUCCAAAACCUAGAACGGUGUUCUACAGACACAAAACAGAACCCAUCCGGUCCCUCUCCUGUCCCACACCACCACCACCACCACCAACAGAUCCCCAGGUUCUUACCCUAACCAGGAAACCAUCGCAGGAAUCUCUCUGCUUCACCAUAUUGGAAAGUUUGCCUUCAGGAGAAUAUAACAAUGACACAGUGGCGGUGGGUCCUACCCCUACCCCUGCCCUGAGACACAGCCUAAGCCUGAGAGAGAGGAGGCUGAGUAACUCCUCAGACUCUGGAGGUCCCCUGCCCCCUGUUCCCCCGCGGCUGAACCGAGGUAUCCCUCCAGCCAUGUUUAGGGGUCCUACACCCACUCCGCCAUCAUCUGGUGGAAGGACUGAACAAAACCAGGACCAGUGUAUGACAACCCCACCUCCGCCAUCCUUAUCCCCCUAUGACAACACUGGAUUCCCCUCUGUGACCACUUCCCCCCCCGGAUCCCCGAUGGAGAUGGUCUCCAAUGAGAUCUACUGUGGCACUUUACCUGGUACUGGAGCUAGUAGUGGACGGAUUCCCUGCAACAUUCCUCAAACACCACCACGUCAAGAGAUCCAUACCACUCCUGACAGAAAUAGGUAGGUCAACGUCUGACUUUAACAUCAUAUACUGUACCUUUUAUAAAGGAGAAAUAUAGGCCUAGACAUCGAAAAGAGAGUAUUGUUUUGUGUAACUAAUGUUUUUGUUUUAUGUGUGUGCAGCACUUUAAGUAACAACUCUUCUGAAUCAUCCCAUGGAGGUAAGUCUACCAAUCCGUUUCUGAAAGUAACCUUACAGAUGGUUUAGUUAGACCUUACCUCUAUGUAUCCUUCAAGCCUAUAAAUGACCCUUGACCUGUUUAAAUCAAGGUUAUUAAAGUUUUGCAUUGCUAAAACUUAACUUUUCGCUUACACUUUAGCAUCCAGUUUAAAUGCUUUAUAACUGGUUAUAAGCAUGUAUGAACCUUUUAUAAUAUCUUAUAACGAGGUUUAUAAUAUGCUAUGUCAUUUCUUCGUCCACCACAGUCCCCAUGGAGGACCCAGAGGAGGAGAUCAGUCCAUAUUGUGAAACAGUCUUCCAGAGCAGACGACCACUGCACCACUCUGAGGUGAGAGUGGAAGGCUGAGGGUGUGUUCCAAUUGACACCCUAUUCCAUAUAUAGUGCACUAUUUUUGACCAGAGCCCAUAGACCUUCCAGGAAAAACAUAAAAUGGUGUCUGAAAUGGCACUAUGGGCCCUAGUCAAAAGUAGUGGCACUAAAUAGAGAGUAGGGUGUCAUUUGGGACAGAGCCUGAGUCUGUUAUCAGGUUACAAGAACCCAUCAGAGUUAUAUUGUGUUUAGUGUUUGUGGUCACAUUGGUUCUCCUGACAUUGAUGAACGUGUUCUCCAUGUUGUGUUCUCAAAGGUGGAAAAGACCGAAAGUGAGGGAAAGACCAGAAUGACAAGAAAGGAGGGAGAGGAUCAUGGGUAAAUUAUUGUGUCUAGAGGAGUGGAUAAUGAGACUGGCUUUCCAAUUAAACAUAACAUCUUCUUACACAACUCUGACUACAGCCACAGAGAGAAAAUAGUCUACUGUAUUUAAAAUAUUAUUUUCUCUCCAUCUUUUCAAUCCAAUGUUGGAACCUUCUACCAGACGCCGUAUUCUCACUCUAGAGAAACCUAAAGAGGCUGGAGUCAAGGUUAUUACAAAUGCAUCAAUCAGUUACAGAGGCUAUCUUUGCACUGCAGGACACCUCAACUCGCCUGGGCCAAACGUCUGUCCCAGGCCCUCCACAGUGAGUCCCAGGGCUACAGCACCGUAGGAGAGGCAGCACCACCCCCUCGCUGCCUCUCCUUACCCCCCAACCUGUACCCCUCGGAGCCGGAUGAGGACCAGACGAUAUCCCCCUACGCUAGCUACACCUCUCUCUCUGAGCCGACUGCUCCCAUCAUCUGUGGCUGGCUGGAUAAGCUAUCACCACAAGGGUAUGCCGGGUCCUGGUCCUGCUCCGGGUCCUGGUCCUGCUCCGGGUCCUGGUCCUGCUCCGGGUCCUCCUUUCCUCCCUCUGUCUUCUCCUCCCUUCUGAGGAACUGUCUCUGUCCUCUCAAACCGGUGUGUCUCCAACGUCUUCCUUCUUCCUUUUCCCCACUGUGUUUCUCCAGUCUGUUUUGGUGUUUCUUGCUAAAUGCUAAACAGUUGAUAUACAGUGCCUUCAGAAAGUAUUCACACUCCACUUUUUCCACAUUUUGUUGUGUUACAGCCUGAAUUUAAAAUAGUUUAAAUUGAGAUUUUGUGUCACUGGCCUACACACAAUACCUCAUAAUGUCAAAGUGGAAUUAUGUUUGCUGAAAUUUUUACUAGUUGAAAUGCUGAAAUGUCUUGAGUAUUCAACCCCUUUGUUAUGGAAAGCCUAAAUAAGUUCAGGAGUAAAAAUGAGCUUAACAAGUCCCAUAAUAAGUUGCAUGGACUUUAACAUAAUAGUGUUUAACAUGAUUUUUGAAUAACUAACUAAUCUCUGUACCCCACACUAUCUGUAAGGUCCCUCAGUCGAGCAGUGAAUUUGAAACACAGAUUCAACCACAAAGACCAGGGAGGUUUUCCAAUGCCUUGCAAAGAAGGGCACCUAUUGGUAGAUGGGUCAAAACAAAAAAGCAGACAUUGAAUAUACCUUUGAGCAUGGUGAAGUUAUUAAUUACACUUUGGAUGGUGUAUACAAUACACCCAGUCACUACAAAGAUACAGGCGUCCUUCAGUUGCCGGAGAGGAAGGAAACCGCUCAGGGAUUUCACCAUGAGGCCAAUGGUGACAUUAAAACAGUUACAGAGUUUAAUGGCUGUGAUAGGAGAAAACUGAGGAUGGAUCAACAUCAUUGUUGUUACUUCACAAUACUAACCUAAAUGGCAGAGUGAAAAGAAGGAAGUCUGUACAGAAUAAAAAUAUGUUUGAAAUAAGGCACUAAAGUAAAAAUGUGGCAAAGCAAUGAACUUUAUGUCCUGAAUAUAAAGCGUUAUGUUUGGGGCAAAUCCAACACAUCACUGAGUACCACUCUUAAUAUUUUCCAGCAUGGUGGUGGCUGCAUCAGGUUAUGGGUAUGCUUGUCAUCGACAAGGGCUAGGGAGUUUUUUUUUUUUUUUGGGGGGGGGGGGGGAUAGAAAUAAAUGUAAUGGAGCUAAGCACAGGCAAAAUCCUAGGGGAAAACCUGGUUCAGUCUGCUGUCCACCAGACACUGGGAGACACUGGAGUUGCUUACCAAGACGACAUUGAAUGUUCCUGAGUGGCCUAGUUACAGUUUUGACUUAAAUCGUCUUGAAAAUCUAUGUCAAAGACUUGAAAAUGUCUGUCUAGCAAGGAUCAACAACCAACUUGACAGAGCUUGACGAAUUUUUUAAAAAAAGAAUGUGAAAAUAUUGUACAAUCCAGGUGUGCAAAGCUCUUAGAGACUUACCCAGAAAGACUCACAGCUGUAAUCGCUGCCAAAGGUGCUUCUACAAAGUAUUGACUCGGGUGUGAAUACAUAUGUAAAUUAGCUGUAUUUCUAAAAACAUUUUUUCACUUUUUCAUUAUGGAGUAUUGUAUGUAGAUGGGUGAGAAAAAAACUAUUCCAUUUGAAAUUCAGGCUGUAACAACAAAAUGCGGAAUAAGUUAAGGGGUAUGAAUACUUUCUGAAGGCACUGUCUCUGCCACGUGUCUGUCCUCUCAAACCGGUGUGUCUCGCACUUCUUCUUCCUUUUCCCCACUGUGUUUCUCCAGUCUGUUUUGGUGUUUCUUGUUAAAUGCUAAACAGUUCAUAUCGGUCGAAACUGAGCUCUUCUUUGCUCUUGAAAUUGUAUAAUAUUUUUCUCCAUUUAAAUCAGUGGUAUGAGAAUCUGAUCAUUUUUGUAUUUGGCAUUCUAGGAACUAUGUAUUCCAGAAACGCUAUGUGAAGUUCGACGGCAAAAAUCUGAUGUACUUCGGCAGUGAAAAGGUAGGCCCUUUUUUUCCUGAAUGAUGGACUGUAUUACAUAUUGAUUGAGAGAACCAGGAUUGUUCAUUACAAUAUCCCUCUUUACAUAUUCUCUCCAAGGACCCGUAUCCCAAAGGAGUGAUUCCUCUGGCUGCGAUACAGAUGGCCCGCAUGGCCAAAGACAAUAAAUUUGAGAUGGUGACAAGUCACAGGACCUUUGUCUUCCGGGCUGAUAACGAAGGUAAACAAAGUACUUAAAAACAGAAAUUAAGGCGCAGUGGUCUAAGGCACUGCAUCGCAGUGCUAGAGGCGUCACUACAGACCCGGGUUCGAUCCCGGGCUCUAUCACAACCGGCCGCGACCGGGAGAUCCACGAGGCGGCGCACAAUUGGCCCAGCGUCGUCCGGGUUAGGGGAGGGUUUGGCCGGCCGGGAUGUCCUUGUCCCAUGCGCUCUAGCGACUCCUUGUGGCGGGCCGGGCGCAUGCACGCUGUCUUCAGUCACCAGCUGUACGGUGUUUCCUCCGACACAUUGGUGCGGCUUCCGGGUUAAGACAUUGGUGCGGCUGGCUUCCGGGUUAAGACAUUGGUGCGGCUGGCUUCCGGGUUAAGACAUUGGUGCGGCUGGCUUCCGGGUUAAGACAUUGGUGCGGCUGGCUUCCGGGUUAAGACAUUGGUGCGGCUGGCUUCCGGGUUAAGACAUUGGUGCGGCUUCCGGGUUAAGCAAGCAGUGUGUCAAGAAGCAGUGCGGCUUGGCGGGGUCGUGUUUCGCAGGAUGCAUGGCUCUCGACCUUCGCCUCUGCCGAGUCCGUACGGGAGUUGCAGCGACGGGACAAGACUGUAACUACCAAUUGGGGAGAAAAAGGGGUAAAAAGUGCCAUUAAAAUUUUUUUUUUUAUAACAGCUAUUAAAAUCUCACACACAAGCAACUACAGACAUUAGUUGGCCCAUUUCUCCACACUUAUCCCAAAGUGUGCACUUUGGGAGAAGUUUUAAAGCUUUGGAUAGGUGUUGUUAAAUCCAAGUGUGGAAGUGCGUACUUGAGGAGAAGAAUGGAGGAUCGGGACAAAGCUAUAGUCCUCAGGGCAGAAACCAACCAUGUGACAACCUCUAUGUUGGACAAAGGUUGACCCAAUAACCUUAUUUUCACUCUGGAGACUCAAAUGUCCCAAUCUAACAAAAAUAGCCUCUGCGAGACAAGAUAGUAUCAGUUACUGUCAUAAACUCAUAGUAGAAACAUCUUGUUUAGGACUUUAUUUUAGGCUACUGAUUCCUCUGGUGUUGACCUAUUAGGGAAUGAUUUGGUAUCAAAAGAUAGUUUCUGGUACAAUUGGUAACUGACUGGUACAAAAGGGUGCUUUGGUUUGAAUCCAUACGACACAAACAAUAAAUUCACCUAUUGUUAUUGUGUAAUUACCAUUUUACCAUGAAACUUUCAUAGUAAAUACCUGGUGUUUUCUGUACCAUAAAAUAGUGGUAAUACCAACCAUCGUCUUUCUACCUGCCCCCCCCCCCCCCCCCCCCCCCCCCUCAGUGCAGAGACAUCAGUGGUGCAGCACCCUACAGGGGAGGGUGAAGGAACAGCUUGUGUUUGGGCGUCCUCGCUUCGGUCCCGGCAGCCACUGUCAGAAGAGUGGUCCUCUGGAGCUCAAAGGGACCAAGUCAAAAGUUUACGUCGCCAUCAAUACAGAACAGGUCUGGGUGUACAAGAGCGAACAGUGUUUUCGGAAUGGGAUAGGAAUCACGUUGAUAGAGGCCAGAGGGGCUACGAUCAGAGACGGCAAAGGAAAAAGCUUUGACCUCAUCACCCCUUACAAAACAUUCAGGUGCGUGUUUUACUGACAUGGUAAUAACACAAAAAAUAAAGUCAGUUCAUCAUGAACUUUCCUGCACUGCUGUUUUCUGAAUCCCUGAAAAAAAAAAAACUAGUUUUUGAUUUGAUUGUCCCUGUAGUUUCACGGCUGAGUCUGAGCGGGAGAAGAAGGACUGGAUGGAGUCUGUACAGGAGUCCAUAGCAGAGACCCUGUCCGACUACGAGGUGGCUGAGAAGAUCUGGUCCAACAGGUUUAAUAAGAUCUGUGCUGACUGCAAAGCCGUCAACCCUGACUGGGCCUCCAUAAACCUCUGUGUUGUCAUCUGUAAGAACUGUGCAGGUGAGACAGUGUUUCCCCUGCUAUUGUAUAGGUGGGGCGGGCUCACCCCUCCCUUGCUCUGUUGCCCCUUGCCUAAAAGAGUGUGGUUUCAGCGAAACAGCGCCUGAAUAUCCUGUUGCAAACACCAAUACCAAUGUCUAGUGCCAGGAGAGUGAUUGUCGUGGUCCUUUGUCCCUUUUCCCCUGCAGGUCAACACAGAGGUCUGGGGACUAUGGUGUCUAAAGUGCAGAGCCUGAAACUGGACACCAGCGUGUGGAGCAAUGAGAUCGUGCAGGUGAGAAGAAAGAGAAGUGUUCUUCAGGGAAGGGGGAUGGAGAGAGUCAGGGGGAAAUGCUCACGUUUAUUUUAUUCAAGUGGCAAAAUAUUUUCCAGGAUACUGAAAUGAGUUUGUUUUGUUGUGUAUCAACUGUGAAUAUACUAAAGGCCCUCAUGAGUUCUGAUGAUUCUGUGUUUGUGUUCGUCAGCUCUUCAUAAUGCUGGGGAACGACCGAGCCAAUGAGUUCUGGGCGGCCAGGCUAUCUCCAGCCGACGAGUUAGACCGUGACGCCACACCAGACCAGCGGAGGGAGUUUAUCAUCCACAAGUACCGUGAGGGGCGCUACCGACACCCCCACCCCAACUUCAACACACAGGAGGAGCUCCUUAAGGUACAGUAACACAAAUUGUAUAGAUUUUCAAAUGUAAAGCUGCUAUAAGAGGAUCCAAAGGACAUGUGGGGUGUUGUAUAGGCUAUAUUAUCAUAAACCCUUUAUUAUUAUUAUUAUUAUUAUUAUUAUUAUUAGUCUACGACUGGACAACAUUUCUAGUUUGUUAUGAAGGAAAAACUAAAUGACUAUCUGUCUUAACGGCCUUGGCUGGCUGCUGAGCCUCUCAGUAAAAACACAUGGCUGGACACUACCCUUACGGAAAAAACACAUUCAUUUCAUUUGAUCACAUGUGAAGUGUUCCAAAAACACAUCUAGUCUAAAUGCGUACCCUUACAGAAAAAAAACACAUGAUUUCACAUUAAAAUUCACUUUUGAAAUCAUGUGAUUUUCCACAUGUGAAAUCAUGUGUUUUUUCUGUUAAGGUUACACAUUUAGGCUAGAUGGUAUUGGUGGUAUUUCUAGUAUCUGUAAGCUAUGCUGGAGUUUAACUUAGGGCAUAGCUGCCUGUAGCUAGCAUGCAUCCAGACAUGUACCCCAACAAUAAGGACAUGGAAUGUGCUUUGAAACUAAAACAAUUAGAGAAAAGCCAAGUGACAUUUACUCCUGAUGUACUGACCUGUUGCAACCUCCUGUGACGACGUGUGAAAGAAGGAGUCCGGCGCAGGAGGUAAAAUACAGAAGUCCAGAGUUUAAUCCGUUUGCAUAAAUCAAACACCCCAAGCGUCAAUCGAAACUGUACAAGGGAAAACAUCCACCUUGGCAAAUAACACAGUGAAAUGUAGCUCAACCAAGCUACAUGCUCUCACAACAAAACAAUCACUCACAAAGACAAGGGGAACAGAGGGGAACACUUAGUAUGUGUAUAAUUAGGGGAAUGAGCACCAGGUGUGUGUGAUUGACAAGACAUGACAAGUGGAGUGAUGAGAAUGGGAUCGGCAGUAGCUAGUACUCCGGUGACGACGAACGCCGAAGCCUGCCCGAACCAGGGGGGGGGGCAGCCUCGGCGGAAGUCGUGACAGUACCCCCCACCCCCUGAUGCGCGGCUCCAGCAUUGCGUUGACCCCGGCCUCGGGGACGGCCAGGAGGAUAAACCAACGAGUCGGAUGGCAACGGUGGAAAUCCCUCAACAGGGAGGGAUCGAGGAUGUCCCGGUCAGGGUUGGCCUUCUGACGACGCACGGCGCGCUGGAGGCGAACGUGGGCAGUGUCCCAAGUCUCCUCCGCGCGCCGAAACUAGUCAUCCACCGUGGGAGCCUCGGUCUGGCUCUGGUGCCACGGUACCAGGACAGGUUGGUACCCCAAAACACAUUGAAGGGUGUUAGGUUAGUGGAGGAGUGGCGGAGAGAGUUCUGAGCAUAUUCUGCUCAUGGCAGGAACACCGACCACUCCCCCGGCCGGUCCUGACAGUAGGUCCGCAGGAACCUACCCACAUCUUGAUUCACCCUUUCCACCUGCCCAUUGCUCUCUGGGUGAAAACCAGAGGUCAGGCUGACCGAGACCCCCAGACGUUCCAUGAACGCCUUCCAGACUCUAGACGUGAACUGCGGACCUCAGUCGGACACUAUAUCCUCUGGUACCCCGUAGUGCCAGAAGACGUGUGUAAACAGAGCCUCCGCAGUUUGUAGGGCCGUGGGGAGACUGGGCAGAGGAAGGAGGCGGCAGGACUUUGAAAGCGGUCCACAACGACCAGGAUCGUGGUGUUACCUUGGGAGGGGGGAAGAUCAGUGAGAAAAUCAAUACUCAGGUGAGACCAUGGUCGUUGUGGAACUGGUAAAGGUUGUAGCUUGCCCGCUGGGAGGUGCCUAGGUGCCUUACUCUGGGCGCACACUGAGCACGAGGAAACAUACACCCUCACGUCCUUAGCCAAGGUAGGCCACCAGUACUUCUCGGUCAGGCAGCGCAUUGUACGACCGAUACCUGGAUGACCAGAGGAGGGUGACGUGUGUUCCCAGUAGAUCAGACGAUCACGGAUAAGCGCAGGCACGUACUGCAGCCCAGCUGGACACUGCGGUGGAGAUGGAUCUGUGCAUAAUGCCUGUGCUAUAUCUGCGUCCAUCGCCCAUACUACCGGCGCCACAAUGCAUGAGGCCGGGAGUAUGGGGGUGUUGUCUCUGGGCCUCUCCUCUGUGUCAUACAGCCGAGACAGUGCGUCUGCCUUCACGUUCUUCGUACCUGGAAUGUAUGAGAGUGUGAAAUCAAACCGGGUGAAGAAGAGGGCCCACCUGGCCUGGUGAGGAUUCAGCCUCCUCGCUGCCCGAAUGUACUCCAGGUUACGGUGGUCUGUCCAGACGAGGAAAGGGUGUUUUGCCCCUUCGAGACAAUGUCUACACACCGUCAAGGCUCGGACAACAGCCAACAGCUCCCGAUCACCAACGUCGUAGUUCUGCUCCGCCGGGCUGAGCUUCUUAGAAAAGAAGGCACAGGGGCGGAGCUUGGGUGGCGUGUCCGAGCGUUGGGAUAAGACAGCUCCUAUCCCAACCUCGGACACAUCCACCUCCACUAUGAACGGUAGUGAUGAAUCGGGGUGAGCCAGUACCGGGGCUGAGAUGAACAGACCCCGCAAUCUACUGAAUGCCAAAUCAGCCUCAGCAGACCAGCGGAGCCGGGACGGCCCACCCUUCAACAAGGAGGUAAUGAGAGCUGCGACCUUGCCAAAACCCUGAAUAAACCUUCAAUAGUAGUUGGCAAAGCCAAGGAAGCGCUGCACCUCCGUUACCGUGGUUGGAGUCGGCCAAUUACGCACGGCUGCAAUGCGGUCUCCCUCCAUCUCCACACCUGUGGUGGUAAUGCGAUAUCCGAGGAAGGAGAUUGACUGCUGGAAAAACGUACACGUCUCUGCCUUGGCAUAAAGAUCAUUUUCCAGCAGUCGGACCAGUACUUUGCGAACCAGGGACACAUGCUCGGCGCACGUAGCGGAAUAAACCAGGAUGUUAUCGAUGUAGACCACCACACCACGACCAAGCAUGUCCCGAAACACCUCGUUCACAAAGGACUGGAAAACGGAUGGAGCAUUCAUCAAACCGUAGGGCAUCACCAGGUAUUCAUAAUGCCCCGAGGUUGUGCUGAAUGCUGUUUUCCACUCAUCCCCUUCACGAAUACGCACCAGGUUGUAGGCACUCCUGAGGUCUAAUUUGGUGAAAAAAACUGGCCCCAUGCAUUGACUUAAUCACUGAAAGAAUGAGGGGAAGAGGAUAACUAAAUCGUACCGUCACAUUAUUCAGUGGUCGAUAAUCAAUGCACGGGCGUAAACCACCAUCUUUCUUCUUCACAAAGAAGAAACUCGAGGAGGCAGGGGAAGUGGAGGGACGUACAUACCCCUGGCGCAGGGACUCGGUGAUGUAUAUUUCCAUAGCCUCCGUUUCAGCCUGCGACAGGGGAUACACAUGACUCCUGGGAGGUACAGCGUCUACCCGAAGGUUUAUCGUGCAAUCCCCCUCCCGAUGAGGUGGUAAUUUAGUCGCUUGCAUCUUGGAAAACGUGAGCGCCAGAUCAUGGUAUUCGGGGGGAAUGCGCACGGUGGGGGUACCGUCUGGACUUUCCACCGUGGUCGCACCAACGGAAACACCUAGACACCUACACGGACACUCACGCGACCGCCCCGUAAGAACCCUCUGCGGCCAUGAGAAAUUGGGGUUGUGAAGGGCUAACCACGGGAUACUCAAGACUACAGGGUAAGCAGGAGACUCAAUAAUCAUAAAGGUGAUCUGCUCAACAUGUGUCUCCUGCGUAAUCAUGGUGACUGGUACAGUAACUUCCUUAACCAACCCGGACCCUAAUGGUCGACUAUCUAGUGCUCUGAUGGGGAGUGGAAUGGUUAGGGGAACCAAUGAAAUUGCCUUGACGGUGUGCAAAUGCCCUGUCCAUAAAAUUCCCAGCUGCGCCUGAAUCGACUAGCGCCUUACACUGGGAAACUACCAGGUGAUCGGGAAAGGAGAUAGAUAAAGUACAGUGUGCCGCAAAGGGUUCUGAACAAGUUUGGGUGUUCGUUACCUGGGGUGAUGCGUGGGUACCCUGCCUACUGCCUCCAGACCCAAAGGAACGUUGACUGCGACGUGAGGUGGAUUGUCCCUUCGUGCCACCAGAGUGGCACUGUCGCUGUCCUCCUGCGCUCUCUCGACCGGCGGCUCCCCCCAGCUCCAUCUGCUCGGGGUCAGAGUCGUCCGGAAUGGGAACGGGCAGACCCCUAGCAGGACGUCCUCUGGCUGCUAGCAGAUUGUCCAGCCGGAUGGUCAUGUCCACCAGUUGGGAGAACGAUAGCAUGGCAUCCCGGCAGGCUAGCUCCCGUCGGACGUCCUCCCUUAGGUGGCACCGGAAAUGGUCUAUCAGGGCCCGCUCGUUCCACCCGGACCCCGCUGCCAGCAUCCGGAACUCCAGCGCGUAGUCCUGAGCGGUCCUCGUCCCCCAGAUGAACCAGUCAUUCGCCCGCCUCUCGACCCUCAGGCGGGUGAUCAAAAACGGCCCGAAAGAGGUGAGCAAACUCCCCGAAGUUCUCCAACGCGGUGCCUCCCUCGUUCCACACCGCGUUGGCCCACUCCAGGGCUCUCCCACAAAGGCAGGAAACGAGGACGGAUACCUUCUCCCACUCCCGGGGCUCCGGCCCGACUUCCGCCGAGGCUGCCCCCUGAACCAGGAGGGAGGGGGGGCAGUCUCGGCGGAAGUCGUGACACCUCUAUUAUUUGACCCUGCUGGUCAUCUAUGAACGUUUGAACAUCUUGGAGAAAAAUCUGGCCUUAAUGGCAAUGUACUGUUAUAAUCUCCACCCGGCACAGCCAGAAGGGGACUGGCCACCCCUCAGAGCCUGGUUCCUCUCCAGGGGUCUUCCUAGGUUUCUGCCUUUCUAGGGAGUUUUUCCUAGCCACCAUGCUUCUACAUCUGCAUUGCUUGCUGUUUGGGGUUUUAGGCUGGGUUUCUGUAUAUCACUUUGUGACAUCUGCUGAUGUAAAAAGGGCUUUAUAAAUAAAAUGUGAUUGAUUGAUUGAUAGAAUAGAUAAAAGGGGGGCAGUUGAAUGGAGAGGGGACUUUUUGGAAUUUGGGCUGAAUGUCUGUCCCUGUGGCUGUGGAUUAUUUUAAUGGUGCGUACAUGCCGAGUGUGUGUGUGUGUCCUCUCUGUGUGUGUGCGUCAGCCUAAUGUGUCCCCCUCUCUCUCUGCCCUGCAGGUUCUGUGUACUGCUGUGACUAAGCAGAACCUGCUGAAGACGGUCACCCAGAUCUUCACCGAGGCAGAGGCUGUCCGGGCCCGCCUCGCUGACUCUAAUGAAUACGACAAGCAUCUGUCUCAGGAAUACUCCCAUUCAGAGGGCACCUCAGGUAAGGCAGGGGACAGGCUUUAUUUGCCUGCUAGACCUUUUCUGCAUUACGUGACUAUUACAUGACUAUUACGUGACUAUUACGUGACUAUUACAUGACUAUUACAUGACUGUUACGUGACUAUUACACGACUAUCAUGCGACCAUUACAUGACUGUUACAUGACUAUUACAUGACUAUUACAGGACUAUUACAUGACUGUUACAUGACUAUUACAUGACUAUUACAUGACUGUUACAUGACUAUUACAGGACUAUUACAUGACUGUUACAUGACUAUUACAGGACUAUUACAUGACUAUUACGUGACUGUUACGUGACUGUUACGUGACUGUUACGUGACUGUUACGUGACUGUUACGUGACUGUUACGUGACUGUUACGUGACUAUUACGUGACUGUUACGUGACUGUUACGUGACUGUUACGUGACUGUUACGUGACUAUUACGUGACUGUUACAUGACUAUUACGUGACUAUUACGUGACUAUUACGUGACUAUUACGUGACCAUGCAGUAUAAAGUAGUGUGCUCAGAAGCCCUAUGGAUAUGGAUUUCAAGUAAUUACAGCAGGGUUCAUGGUUUGGAUGGUUAUCAUCAAAGCAUGUGUCUGUCCUGUCUGUGAAAUCUAUACAUACAUUUAUAUUUCUGUGUUUUUGAUUGAAUUUCAUUUAAGAGUUCUGUGAAAUUAUAUAAAACGUAGAGCUAUUUCACCGAGGGUGCUUUUUGCUCUGUGAUGGGAGUGUCUUAGUGUUUACCGAGCUACCCCUUUUCGGGAGGUUUUUAGUGUUUUGUGCUGUUUUGUGUAUCCUGGAACCAUGUGCUAGCCGAGCCAGAGCCUUCGUGAUGAAACAGUUUGGUCUUCCUCUGUAUGUUGACCUCUAGUGUUGUUGGAUUAACAGAUGAACCGAGUUCACGCCAUCUCUGUUGAAACAGUACAACUAGAACACUGGAGGGAAAACGUAUUGAAAAACAGAAACAUUUAUAAACAUCCGCAUUUCAAUUCAUAAGCGUUCAUCACAUUUCUAAUAAUUUAUAAAGUACGUAUCGUCUUGUAAAUGCAUUUAUAAUGGCUUAUUCAUUAAAGUUACUAUAAAGUUUGACUUAAUGUUUUGCUCUGUUUGCCUAGACCCCCAACGUGAUGGCUAGACUCAAAACAUCUCAAUGUCUUCCUAAUGUUGUUUCUGAUGUAGACCCUGGUGUGUAUGAUGAGAUUAUGCAGGCUGUGCUGCACUCCGGCUACCUCUACAAGUCGGCCUCAAUGAAAAAAGGGACGUUAUCCAGGAAAACCCGAGAAGGUAGGCUAUUGUGUGUGUGUGUGUUGGCGGGUGCUAACAGCGCACCACUUGGCACGGGUUGAAUAGAGGAAUGCUGCCUCCUCAGUAACAUCAGCAUAAAGGCCCUGAAGAGAACAAAGCACUUUUAUAGGACCAAAUACUGACUGGGCCAAUACUGCUCUGUUAGGAAAUACACUACCCACUGUUUAUGGCUGGAGUCUCUCUACGGUAAAACAGAGCGCUGUGAUUUAGAAGUUACUCAUAGUUACUUGUAGUUUCUUUCCCUUUUAAAAACACAGCCCAUCAUAAAAAUUCCUAAUGUUAUUUUAUUUAGAAAGGAAACUCGAUUAACCGGCUUCUUCACAUUUGUUCGCGCAAAUAGCCGACGGAUGAACGAGAUUCCGAAGUAUGGCAACGCGAGACUAUUUAGAAAGUAACAGCCCGGAUUUUUGUUCUUAUUUGCCCCCCAGAUUUCCAGAAGUACUGGUGCACGGUGGAAAGGUCUCUUCUGUUCUAUGAGUCUGACCGAUGUCCUGAUCCUAGCAUGAAGAUCAACGUCAAAGACAUCCUCUGUCUGGGGGUCAGCAGGCCGGACUCCUGCAACAACAACGGCUUCAUUGACAGGUUAGAGGACCAAUCAUGGCAUAGUAGCUGAUGAAGGUUGUCAAUCAAUACUGUCUACUUCAAACACGUGGAAAAUAUACAUUUAGCAUGAAAUGGUUAUAUCACUGCCACUCAAUGUACAGGUAUCUACCAACUAGCGUUGAUCUAGUGCCCUUCUCUUAUGUUCCUGUGUCUCGUUGUAGGUUUCUCUAUACGUUUGAACUGUACUUGUCCUCGGAGAAGCUCUAUCAGUUUGGAUUGGAAACUCCUGAGGCACUGCAAUGUUGGUCCAAGGCCAUCGGCAAGGUAUGAUAUUAUCUUCUAUCCCAGAAGAGUGCAAGGCCUGUACACUGAUAAUGCCAAUUCUCAGCUUUAAUGAUUAUAGUAAGAGCUCUUUCAGCUCUGAACGUUGUAAUGUCCUAUGCGUACUUAAGGGGAGGGGUUACAGUGAAGUGUUCCCUCCGUUCUGACUAACACCUUCUAUGUACUAGCCUGGUACGUGUCUGUUCAGUGUUCCCUCCUGUACUUUAACCACUUCCUGUGUUCCCUUCCUCAGGCCGCCACACCUUUAAGCUGCCACUGCCUGCUAGCGAGGGCGUUUGAGCGGGUGGGAGUGCUGCGCUACAAGGCCAUGCGAGACCCUUCUCAGUGGAAAGAGGGAUAUUUUGUCCUUCAGAAGUCUAACCUCUUCAUCUGCCCUGGGAACGAUGGAGCAGCUGAGGACAUUAUCAACCUUAAACGUCUGCAAGAGCUCAGUGAGUCUCCUGUCCUGACCAAAGCUUUACUGGGCACUGUGUGAUAAUGUAGUUGCUCAAAUACCGUUUGGUAACUCUUCACUGAAACAUUGACCAUGUUAUGAUGAAUGAUUUGGUCCAUCUUCCAUUUCUUCUGUGCUUGUCUCCUAGGUAUAGUAACUGAGAACCAAAACCAUGAGAAGAAGGAAAUUCUGGUUUUGGUUGAAAAAGGAAGGUUGGUUUUCAGUCUCUUCCUUUUCUCAUCCAGUACAUACUGUAUAUAAUUACACAGUAUGUCAACAUAUCAUGGCUAGUUUGGCGCCUAAAGUAUACCCAGCUAGGGGUGGAAUUGGUGGGGAAUGCGUGGGGAUGAAAAUAAUUCUACCAUGUAAAAUAGUUUUGUUGGAGCUGGAUUCAGAGUGAUUUUCUCUGAACCUUCACCUCUUGAGUAUCGACAUGUCUUCCCCCCCCCCCCCCAGGACGCUGCACCUCCAGGGGAUGGGUCGGUUAGACUUCUCCCUGUGGUACGCAGACAUCCAGAGAGCUGCUGGAGGGAAGGGCAACACCCUGAGAGAACAGCAGCUCAGCAGGAAUGACAUCCCCAUCAUUGUAGACAGCUGCAUCGCCUUCAUCACUCAAUAUGGUGAGGGAGGAGUCUGGAUAUUCCAUUCCAUUCCAUUAUAGCAAAGGAUAGAGGAUUCUGCGUUAGCAAUGACAAAAUGGCACAUUUUCCAGUGAUCUUGUGGAUCCAUGAUAGGAUCCAUAGCAUUUGAUGCAUUUUCAGUGGAGGUAAUCCUCUAUAUUCAAGUAUACAAUACCAAUAUCUAUAAAGGGGUUCAUAAAUAGUUAAUCAAUUCAUUAUAACGCUGCAGUGGCCUGUGCACAGUAGGGUUUAUUUUCCCAGUUUACUUUACGCCAGCCAGAGACAGGAAAUACUAGCUGAUGACUGAUGUACAGGAUCUGAUCUGUGAUCUGCUCGUCAGGUCUGGGUCAUGAGGGGAUCUACAGGAAGAACGGAGCCACGUCCAGGAUCAAGCUACUGAUGGAGGAGUUCAGGAACGAUGCUCGGAACGUCAAGCUCCGGAUCGGGGAUAACUUCAUAGAGGACGUGACUGACGUGUUGAAGAGGUUCUUCAGGGAGAUAGACGACCCCAUCUUCAUGGCUGACCUGCAUCCACUAUGGAAGGAGGCUGUCAGUAAGUACAGGUGUCUCUUGCAACAAAAGAGAUUGAAUCUCAAUGAGACUAACCUGUAUUAAUAAAGGUUAUUAUCACAGACAGCACAAAUAUGAAGCUACUAUUUUGUGUCUCUGACUUAAUCACUCGACCUAGUCCUCUUGGUCCCCUCAGAAUUAUAGGGCUUCCACCAAGCUGUUUCACUGGUACUCGUCAGGAUGUACCACAACGUAUCCUUUUGAAAUCUAACUGGUUCCUGUUUGUCCCUUUUUAUAGGAACAGCCAAGGAUAAGAGCCAGCGUCUGGACAGAUACAAGGAGAUCAUCCGUAGUUUACCCAGAGUCAACAGGACGACUCUGGCUGCUCUCAUCAGCCACCUCUACAGGUCAGUAUAGCCCCAGGGUUAACAGGACUCUCAUCAGCCCUCUACAGGUCAGUAUAGCCUCAGGGUUAACAGGACUCUCAUCAGCCCUCUACAGGUCAGUAUAGCCCCAGGGUUAACAGGACUCUCAUCAGCCCUCUACAGGUCAGUAUAGCCCCAGGGUUAACAGGACUCUCAUCAGCCCUCUACAGGUCAGUAUAGCCUCAGGGUUAACAGGACUCUCAUCAGCCCUCUACAGGUCAGUAUAGCCUCAGGGUUAACAGGACUCUCAUCAGCCCUCUACAGGUCAGUAUAGCCCCAGGGUUAACAGGACUCUCAUCAGCCCUCUACAGGUCAGUAUAGCCCCAGGGUUAACAGGACUCUCAUCAGCCCUCUACAGGUCAGUAUAGCCCCAGGGUUAACAGGACUCUCAUCAGCCCUCUACAGGUCAGUAUAGCCCCAGGGUUAACAGGACUCUCAUCAGCCCUCUACAGGUCAGUAUAGCCCCAGGGUUAACAGGACUCUCAUCAGCCCUCUACAGGUCAGUAUAGCCUCAGGGUUAACAGGACUCUCAUCAGCCCUCUACAGGUCAGUAUAGCCUCAGGGUUAACAGGACUCUCAUCAGCCACAUCUACAGGUCAGUAUAGCCCCAGGGUUAACAGGACUCUCAUCAGCCCUCUACAGGUCAGUAUAGCCUCAGGGUUAACAGGACUCUCAUCAGCCCUCUACAGGUCAGUAUAGCCCCAGGGUUAACAGGACUCUCAUCAGCCCUCUACAGGUCAGUAUAGCCUCAGGGUUAACAGGACUCUCAUCAGCCCUCUACAGGUCAGUAUAGCCCCAGGGUUAACAGGACUCUCAUCAGCCCCCUCUACAGGUCAGUAUAGCCCCAGGGUUAACAGGACUCUCAUCAGCCCUCUACAGGUCAGUAUAGCCCCAGGGUUAACAGGACUCUCAUCAGCCCUCUACAGGUCAGUAUAGCCCCAGGGUUAACAGGACUCUCAUCAGCCACAUCUACAGGUCAGUAUAGCCUCAGGGUUAACAGGACUCUCAUCAGCCACCUCUACAGGUCAGUAUAGCCCCAGGGUUAACAGGACUCUCAUCAGCCCUCUACAGGUCAGUAUAGCCCCAGGGUUAACAGGACUCUCAUCAGCCCUCUACAGGUCAGUAUAGCCUCAGGGUUAACAGGACUCUCAUCAGCCCUCAAGUCAGUAUAGCCCAGGGUUAAACAGACUCUCAUCAGCCCUCUACAGUCGUAUAGCCUCAGGGUUAACAGGAUCUCAUCAGCCACAUCUACAGUCAGUAUAGCCCCAGGUUACAGACUCUCAUUCAGCCCUCUACAAAGGGCAGUAUAGCCCCAGGGUACAGGACUCUCUCACCUCUCGUCUAUAGCCUCAUGGGUUCAGGAACUCUCUCAGCCACAUCUAUAGGUCAUAUAGCCUCGGUUAACAGGACCUCAUCAGCCCUCUACAGGGCAGUAUAGCCCCAGGGUUAACAUGGAGCUCUCAUCAGCCACAUCUACAGGGCAGUAAGCCCCAAAGGUUACAGGACUCCCCAUCAGCCCUCUACAGGUCAGUAAUAGCCCCAGGUUAAAAGACUCUCAUAGCCCUCUACAGGGAAUUUCCUCAGGUUAACAGACUCUCAUCAGCCUUACGGUCAGUAUAGCUCCAGGUUACAGGGCUACUUAUCCGCCCCCUCUACAGGCAGUAUAGCCUCAGGUUAACAGACUCUCAUCAGCCCCCUCUACGUCAGUAUAGCCCCAGGGUUAACAGGACCCCAUCACCUUACAGGUCAGUAUAGCCCGAGUUAACAGGACUCUCAUCAGCCCUCUAAGGUCAGUAAGCCUCAGGGUUAACAGACCUCUCACCCUCUACAGGUCAGUUAGCCUGGGUUACAGGACUCUCAUCAGCCCUACAGUCAGUAUACCUCAGGUUACAGUACUCUCAUCAGCCCUCUAGGUAUAUGCCUCAGGGUUUAACAGGACUCUCAUCAGCCCUCUACAGGUCAGUAUAGCCUCAGGGUUAACAGGACUCUCAUCAGCCCUCUACAGGUCAGUAUAGCCCCAGGGUUAACAGGACUCUCAUCAGCCCUCUACAGGUCAGUAUAGCCCCAGGGUUAACAGGACUCUCAUCAGCCCCCUCUACAGGUCAGUAUAGCCCCAGGGUUAACAGGACUCUCAUCAGCCACAUCUACAGGUCAGUAUAGCCUCAGGGUUAACAGGACUCUCAUCAGCCCUCUACAAGGUCAGUAUAGCCCCAGGGUUAACAGGACUCUCAUCAGCCCUCUACAGGUCAGUAUAGCCCCAGGGUUAACAGGACUCUCAUCAGCCCUCUACAGGUCAGUAUAGCCUCAGGGUUAACAGGACUCUCAUCAGCCACAUCUACAGGUCAGUAUAGCCCCAGGGUUAACAGGGACUCUCAUCAGCCCUCUACAGGUCAGUAUAGCCCCAGGGUUAACAGGACUCUCAUCAGCCCUCUACAGGUCAGUAUAGCCCCAGGUUAACAGGACUCUCAUCAGCCACAUCUCAGUCAGUAUACCUCGGGUUAACAGGACUCUCAUCAGCCACCUCUACGUCAGUAAUAGCCUCAGGGUUAACAGGACUCUCAUCAGCCACAUCUAUAGGUCAGUAUAGGCUCAGGGUUAACAGGACUCUCAUCACCACAUCUACAGGUCAGUAUAGCCUCAGGGUUAACAGGACUCUCAUCAGCCACAUCUACAGGUCAGUAUAGCCCCAGGGUUAAAAGGACUCUUUAUCAGCCCCCUACAGGGCAGUAUACCUCAGGUUAACAGGACUCUCAUCAGCCCUCUACAGGUCAGUAUAGCCUCAGGGGUUUAAAAGGACUCUCAUCAGCCAUCUACAGGUCAUAUAGCUCCCGGGUUAACAGACUCUCAUCAGCCCCUCUACAGGUCAGUAUAGCCUCAGGGGUUAACAGGACUCUCAUCACAGCCCCCUCUACAGGUCAGUAUAGCCCCAGGGUUAACAGGACUCUCAUCAGCCCUCUACAGGUCAGUAUAGCCCCAGGGUUAACAGGACUCUCAUCAGCCCCUCUACAGGUCAGUAUAGCCUCAGGGUUAACAGGACUCUCAUCAGCCCUCUACAGGUCAGUAUAGCCUCAGGGUUAACAGGACUCUCAUCAGCCCUCUACAGGUCAGUAUAGCCUCAGGGUUAACAGACUCUCAUCAGCCCUCUACAGGUCAGUAUAGCCCCAGGGUUAACAGGACUCUCAUCAGCCCCUCUACAGGUCAGUAUAGCCCCAGGUUAACAGGACUCUCAUCAGCCCCCUCUACAGGUCAGUAUAGCCCCAGGGUUAACAGGACUCUCAUCAGCCACAUCUACAGGUCAGUAUAGCCUCAGGGUUUAACAGGACUCUCAUCAGCCCUCUACAGGUCAGUAUAGCCCCAGGGUUAACAGGACUCUCAUCAGCCCUCUACAGGUCAGUAAGCCUCAGGGUUAACAGGACUCUCAUCAGCCCUCUACAGGUCAGUAUAGCCCCAGGGUUAACAGGACUCUCAUCAGCCCUCUACAGGUCCGUAUAGCCUCAGGGUUAACAGGACUCUCAUCAGCCCUCUCUAUAGGUCAGUAUAGCCCCAGGGUUAACAGGACUCCUCAUCAGCCCUCUACAGGUCAGUAUAGCCCCAGGGUUAACAGGACUCUCAUCAGCCCUCUACAGGUCAGUAUAGUCCCAGGGUUUAACAGGACUCUCAUCAGCCACAUCUACAGGUCAGUAUAGCCUCAGGGUUAACAGGACUCUCAUCAGCCCUCUACAGGUCAGUAUAGCCCCCAGGGUUAACAGGACUCUCAUCAGCCCUCUACAGCGUCAGUAUAGACCCCAGGGUUAACAGGACUCUCAUCAGCCCUCUACAGGUCAGUUAUUAGCCCCCAGGGUUAACAGGACUCUCAUCAGCCCUCUACAGGUCAGUAUAGCCUCAGGGUUAACAGUGACUCUCAUCAGCCCUCUACAGGUCAGUAUAGCCUCAGGGUUAACAGGACUCUCAUCAGCCCCCUCUACAGGUCCAGAUAGCACCAGGGUUACAGGACUCUCAUCAGCCACAAUCUACAGGUCAUUAUAGCCAUCAGGGUUAACAGGACUCUCAUCAGCCCUCUACAGGUCAGUAUCGCCCCCGGGUUAACAGGACUCUCAUCAGCCCUCUACAGGUCAGUAUAGCCCCAGGGUUAAACAGGACUCUCAUCAGCCCUCUACAGGUCAGUAGUAUGCCUCAGGGUUAACAGGACUCUCAUCAGCCACAUCUACAGGUCAGUAUAGCCCCAGGGUUAACAGGACUCUCAUCCAGCCCUCUACAGGUCAGUAUAGCCCCAGGGUUAAACAGACUCUCAUCAGCCCUCUACAGGUCAGUAUAGCCCCAGGGUUAACAGGACUCUCAUCAGCCACAUCUACAGGUCAGUAUAGCCUCAGGGUUAACAGGACUCUCAUCAGCCACCUCUACAGGUCAGUAUAGCCUCAGGGUUAACAGGACUCUCAUCAGCCACAUCUAUAGGUCAGUAUAGCCUCAGGGUUAACAGGACUCUCAUCAGCCACAUCUACAGGUCAGUAUAAGCCUCAGGGUUAACAGGACUCUCAUCAGCCACAUCUACAGGUCAGUAUAGCCCAGGGUUAACAGGACUCUCAUCAGCCCUCUACAGGUCAGUAUAGCCUCAGGGUUAACAGGACUCUCAUCAGCCCUCUACAGUCAGUAUAGCCUCAGGUUAACAGGAACUCUCAUCAGCCAUCUACAGGUCAGUAUAGCUCCAGGGUUGUUAACAGGACCUCAUCAUCAGCCCCCUCUACAGGUCAGUAUAGCCUCAGGGUUAACAGGACUCUCAUCAGCCCCCUCUACAGGUCAGUAUAGCCCCAGGGUUAACAGGACUCUCAUCAGCCCUCUACAGGUCAUAUAGCCCCAGGGUUAACAGGACUCUCAUCAGCCCCCUCUACAGGUCAUUAUAGCCUCAGGGUUAACAGACUCUCAUCCAGCCUCUACAGGUCAGUAUAGCCUCAGGGUUAACAGGACUCCUCAUCAGCCCUCUACAGGUCAGUAUAGCCUCAGGGUUAACAGGAUCUCAUCAGCCCCUCUACAGGUCAGUAUAGCCCCAGGGUUAACAGGACUCUCAUUUAGCCCUCUACAGGUCAGUAUAGCCCCAGGUUAACAGGACUCUCAUCAGCCCCCUCUACAAAUUCAGUAUAGCCCCAGGUUAACAGGACUCCAUCAGCCACAUCUACAGGUCAGUAAACCUCAGGUUACAGACUCUCAAACACCCCCUACAGGUCCAUAUAGCCCCAGGUUUUAACAGGAUCUCAUCAGCCCUCUAAGUCAUAUAAGCCUCAGGUUAACAGGACUCUUUAUCAGCCCUCUACAGGUAGUAUAGCCCCAGGGUUAAACAGACUCUCAUCAGCCCUCUACAGGUCAGUAUGCCUCAGGUUAACAGACUCUCACAGCCUCUUAUAGGUCAUAUAGCCCAGGGUUAACAAAGGGUCUAACAGCCCUCUACAGGUCUUAGCCCAGGGUUAAAGGAUCUAUCAGCCUCACAGGGAGGAAAACCAGGGUUAACAGGACUCUCAAUCAGCCACAUCUACAGGUCAGUAUAGCCUCAGGGUUAACAGGACUCUCAUCAGCCCUCUACAGGUCAGUAUAGCCCCCAGGGUUAACAGGACUCUCAUCAGCCCUCUACAGGUCAGUAUAGCCCAGGGUUAACAGGACUCUCAUCACCCUCUACAGGUCAGUAUAGCCCCCAGGUUAACAGACUCUCAUCAGCCCUCUACAGGUCAGUAUAGCCUCAGGGUUAACAGGACUCUCAUCAGCCCUCUAACAGGUCAGUAUAGGCCCCAGGGUUAACAGGACUCUCAUCAGCCCUCUACAGGGUCAGUAUAGCCUCAGGGUUAACAGGACUCUCAUCAGCCACAUCUACAGGUCAGUAUAGAAGCCUCAGGGUUAACAGGACUCUCAUCAGCCCUCUACAGGUCAGUAUAAGCCCCAGGGUUAACAGGACUCUCAUCAGCCACAUCUACAGGUCAGUAUAGCCCCAGGGUUAACAGGACUCUCAUCAGCCCCUCUACAGGUCAGUAUAGCCCCAGGGGUUAACAGACUCUCAUCACCCCCUCUACAGGUCAAAUAUAGCCCCAGGGUUAACAGGACUCUCAUCAGCCCCCUCUACAGGUCAGUAUAGCCUCAGGGUUAACAGGACUCUCAUCAGCCCUCUACAGGUCAGUAAAAGCCCCAGGUUAACAGGACUCUCAUCAGCCCUCUACAGUCAGUAUAGCCCCAGGUUAACAGGACUCUCAUCACCCUCUACAGGUCAGUAUAAGCCUCAGGGUUAACAGGACUCUCAUCAGCCCUCUACAGGUCAGUAUAGCCCAGGGUUAACAGGACUCUCCUCAGCCACCUCAGCCAGGGUUCGAUCCUCUCCUCUCUCUCUUCUCCUCUUACUCUUUUCUAUCUCUCUCUCUCUCUCCCUCCCUCCCUUUUCUCUCCUCCUCGUCUCUCCCGUCUCUGUUCUCUCUGUCUCUCGUUCUCUCUGUCUCUCUCUCGUCUCUCUUGGUCUCGGUCCAAAGUCUCUCUCUCUCUCUCUCUCUCUCUUGAUCCCAGGGUUCAGAAGUGUGCUCUCUCUCUCUCUCUCUCUCUCUGAUCCCAGGGUUCAGAAGUGUGCAGACCUGAACCAGAUGUGUACCAAGAACCUGUCUCUGCUGUUCGCCCCCAGCCUCUUCCAGACAGAUGGGAAAGGAGAACAUGAGGUGAAGAUCAUUGAAGACCUCAUAGACAACUACCUGUAUGUCUUUGAUGUGAGUAUGGUCACAGACAACUACCUGUAUGUCUUGAUGUGAGUAGGGUCACAGACAACUACCUGUAUGUCUUUGAUGUGAGUAGGGUCACAGACAACUACCUGUAUGUCUUGAUGUGAGUAGGGUCACAGACAACUACCUGUAUGUCUUGAUGUGAGUAGGGUCACAGACAACUACCUGUAUGUCUUGAUGUGAGUAGGGUCACAGACAACUACCUGUAUGUCUUGAUGUGAGUAGGGUCACAGACAACUACCUGUAUGUCUUGAUGUGAGUAUGGUCUCACAGACAACUACCUGUAUGUCUUGAUGUGAGUAUGGUCUCACAGACAACUACCUGUAUGUCUUGAUGUGAGUAGGGUCACAGACAACUACCUGUAUGUCUUGAUGUGAGUAGGGUCACAGACAACUACCUGUAUGUCUUGAUGUGAGUAGGGUCGAACCAGCGAUGGUCUAAGCUCAAAUGCUUCACUUAGAAAUCAGGGUUGUGUUCCGUAGGUAGAAAGCAUUUUUAAUGGAUUGAAACGGGGAGGUACUACCUACCUGAACUUGUCCAAUCAGAGCACAAAUGUUCACAUUUCACUGCAAACUGUUUUGCUACAGUGUGCCCUACUGAACAUGGCCCAGGUCAAUCUGUUCUGUAAUCUAAUGAAUGAUUUAGUAAAUGUUUGAUUGUGUUUGUUCAGAUUGAUGAGGAGCAACAGACCCAGAUAGAACUGGAGCUCAGCCUCAUCACCACCUGGAAGGACACACAGGUACACUUUACGAAGGAUUUAAAAACCGUUUAUAAAGAUUUAUGAUGGGUUAUAAAGGGUUAUAACACAUUGGUUGGACAGACCUGUUGUCUGUAAUAAGUAUCCUGUCUUUGCAGCUGUCUCAAGCAGGUGACCUGAUCAUUGAAGUGUACCUGGAGAAGAAGAUGCCGGACUGCUGCAUAACUCUGAAAGUAAGUGGAGCCGGGUUAUCUUCUGAUUUCUAUUUAAUGAAAGGUGCUGUUAUGAUUUAGCCCCUCCACUAGUCUCUCUAUCACCUAUGAGUAGCUCGCCAAUCAAUUCUUAAUGUACAUGCAUUUUUAACAUAAAGCUCCUGGGGAAUCCAAUCAAAGCCACAUCAACAUUAUGCAAACUGUCAUUAACAUAAAGCUCCUGGGGAAUCCAAUCAAAGCCACAUCAACAUUAUGCAAACUGUCAUUAACAUAAAGCUCCUGGGGAAUCCAAUCAAAGCCACAUCAACAUUAUGCAAACUGUCAUUAACAUAAAGCUCCUGGGGAAUCCAAUCAAAGCCACAUCAACAUUAUGCAAACUGUCAUUAACAUAAAGCUCCUGGGGAAUCCAAUCAAAGCCACAUCAACAUUAUGCAAACUGUCAUUAACAUAAAGCUCCUGGGGAAUCCAAUCAAAGCCACAUCAACAUUAUGCAAACUGUCAUUAACAUAAAGCUCCUGGGGAAUCCAAUCAAAGCCACAUCAACAUUAUCCCACACCUGGUUAGACACUGCUGGCUUAAAAAAGCCAAACUUAACACAAUAUUUGCCAAUUUAAUUUCCAGCAAUAUUGCCCCGCCUGUCUGUUUGGUGCGCGCGUUUGUCUAUCACUCUGUAUGUAGCCGGUUAGCGACGCUUAUGACAACCGUCGUGUGGGUAAACAGAAACCUUGUCCCCCAAAACCUUCUCAAUUAAAUGCAAAGUAGGUGUUUACCGACCGGAACUAUAUGGUGAUUAUUUGUAUCAAUAGGGUGGAGAUUGUUCCGCCAUGACGUGGUCUGCAGCGGUAGUCCUAACAGCGGAAACAUGGCUAGACAGACACAUCCCUCUCUCGCUAGAUGCACAGUUAAAAGGGAAAUAUACUCAAACAUUUAAAAAAUAUAUAUAUAUUUCCAGACCUAAAAAAAAUAAUAUUCUGAUGUGAUUUCAUCGUUGACAUGGACUCAGAACAUACAUGUCCAUUGUUUCUCUAUGAAUAAUAAUAUGAAUAAUUUAAAUAAUAUUGAGAGUAUAAAACAGAAGGGGAAAAAACUGGGGGGGUAAUAACAGAGAACUGAAUUCAAGAAAAUACUAAAUAUGAUUUUAUGGGGCCCCCUUAGUUGUUUAUUAACUGUUAUUUGACCAGUUAUAUUGACAGAGAACGCAUCUCUUGUACACCAAGGACCCGGGGAAGAGUUGCAGGGUAGAGGAGAAGAGAAGAAUGGGCCUAUUGGAAAGAUUGAAAAAAAAAAAACAGAGUAGCUGGCAACGUUUAGUUUUUUAAAGUAUCUCUCAUGCUAAAGGUUGGAGACCCUUGCUUUACACAGACAGGUGGCCUCCCAUAAUGUACCAAUGUUUCCCUAGGCCUGGGAUUUCCAAUGAUAACCAUCUACCAUCCCCUAUACUAUACAUGCUGGACAUGAGCAUUUCCAGGAAGCUAAAAUGCUCUUUAUGGUCUGGCUUUCUGUAGGUAUCUCUUUAUGGUCUGGCAUUCUGUAGGUAUCUCUUUAUGGUCUGGUUCUCUGUAGGUAUCUCUUUAUGGUCUGGCUUUCUGUAGGUAUCUCUUUAUGGUCUGGUUCUCUGUAGGUAUCUCUUUAUGGUCUGGUUCUCUGUAGGUAUCUCUUUAUGGUCUGGUUCUCUGUAGGUAUCUCUUUAUGGUCUGGUUCUCUGUAGGUAUCUCUUUAUGGUCUGGUUCUCUGUAGGUAUCUCUUUAUGGUCUGGUUCUCUGUAGGUAUCUCUUUAUGGUCUGGUUCUCUGUAGGUAUCUCUUUAUGGUCUGGUUCUCUGUAGGUAUCUCUUUAUGGUCUGGUUCUCUGUAGGUAUCUCUUUAUGGUCUGGUUUCUCUGUAGGUAUCUCUUUAAGGUCUGGUUCUCUGUAGGUAUCUCUUUAUGGUCUGGUUCUCUGUAGGUACUUCUUUAUGUUUCUGGUUCUCUGUAGGUAUCAUCUUAUGGUCUGGGCUUUCUGUAGUAUCUCUUUAUGUCUGGCCUUUCUGUAGGAUCUUAUUAAGGUCUGGUUUCUGUAGUUAUCUCUUUAAGUCUGGUCUCUGUAAUGAUAUCUCUUCUAAGGUCUGGUUCUCGUAGUAUUCUCUUAGGUCCUGGUUCUCUGUAGGUGUCUCCAGCUAUGGGUGCUAGAGUUUGGACUAAGCCAUGUCCUGUACAUGAGAACGUCCGCAGGGAGACUUGUGGCUGACUUCGAGGGCCAUAGAGGAAGGACAACUGGUUGAGAAGCUCAUUUACCUAUCUCUCUGCUGGUGAGUAGUCUAUCAUAUUACUCUUCUCUCUCUACUGGGUGGUUCUGAUAGCAUCUUUAGUUUCUAGCUAUCUCUCUCGAUGGUUGAGGACAUUUAUUAUCUAUCUCUCUGACUGGUGAGGACAUAAGUCUUUACUAUCUCUUCGAAUGGGUGAGGAGCAUGAUUUACUAUCUCUCUCCGAAUGGGUGAGGGAGCAUCUAUUAAUAUUUCUUCUCGCUCCGAAUGGGUGAGGAGCAUGAUAUUACUAUCUCUCUCUGAAUGGGUGAGGAGCAUGCUAUUACUAUCUCUCUCCGAAUGGGUGAGGAGCAUGAUAUUACUAUCUCUCUCCGAAUGGGUGAGAAUCAUGCUCUUACUAUCUCUCCCGAAUGGUGAAGACCAUGCUAUUACUAUCUCUCAUCUCUCUCCGAAUGGGUGAGGAGCAUGAUAAUUAAACCUAUCUAUCUCUGCUGGGUAGAAGAGCAAUGAUAAUACUAUCUCUCUGACUGUGAGGAGCAUUAUUUCUAUCUCUCUGACUGGUGAGGGAGCAUGAAUAUUACUACCAUCUCUGACUGGGUGAGGAGUAUGAUAUUACUAUCUCUCUGACUGGGUGAGGAGCAUGAUAUUACUAUCUCUCUCCGAAUGGGUGAGGAGCAUGAUAUUACUAUCUCUCUCUGACUGGGUGAGGAGCAUGAUAUUACUAUCUCUCUGACUGGGUGAGGAGCAUGAUAUUACUAUCUCUCUCCGAACUGGGUGAGGAGCAUGAUAUUACUAUCUCUCUCCGAAUGGGUGAGGAGCAUGCUAUUACUAGUUCUCUCCUAGAAUGGUUGAGGGAGCAUGAUAGUUACUAUCUCUCUCUGAAUGGGUGAGGAGCAUGCUAUUACUAUCUCUCUCCGAAUGGGUGAGGAGCAUGAUAUUACUAUCUCUCUCCGAAUGGGUGAGGAGCAUGAUAUUACUAUCUCUCUCCGAAUGGGUGAGGAGCAUGAUAUUACUAUCCUCUUGACUGGGGUGAGGCGCAUGAAUUUACUAUCUCUCUUGACUGGGGUGAGGAGCAUGAUCUUACUAUCUCUCUGCUGGGUGAGGAGCAUGAUAUUACUAUCUCUCUGACUGGGUGAGGAGCAUGAUAUUAGUAUCUCUCUCCGAAUGGGUGAGGAGCAUGAUAUUACUAUCUCUCUGACUGGGUGAGGAGUAUGAUAUUAAUAUAUCUGACUGGGAAAUACUAUAGAAAGUGUAAAAACAGCUCAAAAUAGCAUUUAGCUCUAAUAACUAAACUACCACUGUAAAAAAAAAAUAAUAUAUAUAUAUAUAUAGUUUCAUUUCCUGGAAUUUCCUGGACUGUGAGAAAGAAGCUAUCCCAGAAUAGUUGUUAUAUAAUGUUCAAAUGUUGUCUUUGUUCCACAGAGCGCCCCCUACACCCCAAAGAGAAAGUGCUGGAGCAGGCACUACAGUGGUGUAAAAUGGCUGAUCCUAGUUCCGCUUACCUGGUGGUGAAGAGAGUUCCCAAAGGAGAGGGCAUUAACAUCCUGACUGGUGAAUACUGCGCAGCCCGGAGAAACAGCUCAUUAGCUUGGUCUAUCAAUCCCAAACAAUCACAAUCAUUAGCUUGGUCUAUCAAUCCCAACAAUCACAAUCAUUAGCUUGGUCUAUCAAUCCCAACAAUCACAAUCAUUAGCUUGGUCUAUCAAUCCCAACAAUCACAAUCAUUAGCUUGGUCUAUCAAUCCCAACAAUCACAAUCAUUAGCUUGGUCUAUCAAUCCCAAACAAUCACAAUCAUUAGCUUGGUCUAUCAAUCCCAAACAAUCACAAUCAUUAGCUUGGUCUAUCAAUCCAAACAAUCACAAUCAUUAGCUUGGUCUAUCAAUCCCAAACAAUCACAAUCAUUAGCUUGGUCUAUCAAUCCCAAACAAUCACAAUCAUUAGCUUGGUCUAUCAAUCCAAACAAUCACAAUCAUUAGCUUGGCCUAUCAAUCCAAACAAUCACAAUCAUUAGCUUGGUCUAUCAAUCCCAACAAUCACAAUCAUUAGCUUGGCCUAUCAAUCCAAACAAUCACAAUCAUUAGCUUGGCCUAUCAAUCCAAACAAUCACAAUCAUUAGCUUGGUCUAUCAAUCCCAACAAUCACAAUCAUUAGCUUGGCCUAUCAAUCCAAACAAUCACAAUCAUUAGCUUGGUCUAUCAAUCCCAAACAAUCACAAUCAUUAGCUUGGCCUAUCAAUCCCAAACAAUCACAAUCAAACGACCCUCUUUGAUUUUUUGAUCAUCGAUUGCAAUCAGCCCAAUUUCUUGUUGCUCUUACGUUCAAACGUGACAAUAUUUAGUUUAUUUGGAGACUGUCAUUGUUAUACACAGUAUGAUUGCAAUGAUGAUGUUUUUUAUUCACAGCCUACGAGAGUGAGAUAAUGAAGAUGGGAGUUCUGAAGUGUCGUGAAGAGCCCCCCAAACUCCUCCACGGAAAAGGCUUUCAGGAACACACCUUUCAGAUCAAAGACCACAGACUGCUGCUGCUGAAGGACAAAAAGGUAUUUCUGCUCUCGCAUCACGGUCACACCUUGAAGUUGGAACUUUGCGCUAAUUUGGGCCAGUGUAGUUAUCGCAGGUGGAGCUGUGAUUGUCCGUUUAUUUGUGUGUCCGAUACAUAUUUUCUUACUGUACAAAAUGUCUUGUCAUUUCAGAGCAUCAAGCCUGAAAAGGAAUGGGCUCUGAAGUCUAUGAAGAUCUACGUGGGAAUUCGAAAGAAGCUGAAACCGCCCACUAGAUGGGGCUUGACUCUCAUGAUGGAGAAACAUCAGCUGUACGUGUUCACUUCAAAAUCUUGUCUGGCAAUGAAAGGAAAUACCACAAUCUUGCUACACAUUAUUCUGGUCAUUGCAAAGGAUGUCUGGAAAUCAACUUCUAUUGGAUAAGAUUGAAACAUAUAUGUUUAUAGCACAUACAUCAUGUUUUCUCAAGUAUUUGAAAUUCCUCAUUGUUCUCUGUAUAUCGAAUGGUUUGGCACGACAUCGGAUGUUAUGAUGUUAUGUAAGUGGACUACAUUGUUUUGGAGGGAGGUUGGAAUGUCUUGUUUUAGAUCUGCCGCUCCCCUCCCCUUUAAAUCAGAUCUCCUUCCCCUCCCCUUUAAGAGCUAAUCACUGCUUUGUGUUUUUGUGUCUCCCAGGUACCUUUGUUGCUUUUGUGAGUCUGACCUAUGGGACUGGGUCACCAAUUUCCUCAAAGCACAGGUAUGUUGUGGAGCAUAGUUCCCCCCCAAGUGUUGCAUCACUUUUACAUUACUUUGAGUUUGCUUUCCCCCCUCAUUUUUGGGUGUAAUAUCUACGCUUUAGAUUUUUACUUCUGUCUGUUUAAUUCUAUCCAUUCGAUUCCAUUUUGAUUAAUUUCUAUUCACUUGAUUCCUUCUAACAGAAUGAUGACCCCCGACCUCCGGUGUUGAGGCGUCACUCCUCCUCAGACAUCUACAAACAGAAGUUUGGGACCAUGCCCCUAGUUCCAAUCAGAGGGGACGGACACGAGAGCAACUCUACCAUGCUGUCAGCCAAUCAGACUCUGGUACGUUCCAACUCUACCAUGCUAUCAGCCAAUCAGACUCUGGUACGUUCCAACUCUACCAUGCUGUCAGCCAAUCAGACUCUGGUAUGGUUCUGCAGGAGACAACCACCCACACCCUCUACCCACCCUAUACUUUUAAGCCUGUCGCAUGCUUCCCAGUCAAAAUAGUUUGUGCAUAUAUUAUCAUGACAUUUUUGGGGUUUUUGUUCGUUUUGGUAGCCGAAAAGUCUACGCCCCUUUGUCUGUGAUUGGUCAACAGUACUACUCCUAGUAGGAGUGGGAACUAUGGAUGGGAUUCUCCAAUGAUGUGUUGUCAUUCAACGAGAGACGACUAGUUUUCAUGCACAUUUCAUGCACACCAAACAUCUUAGUUAGAUGUAAAAUUGGUAAAAACAUCAAAACUAUUUUGACGAAGUGUAUACUGGCUAUUUUUUUGCUACGGCAUCUCAAGAGGGACAAACAGUAAUAUUGCCGCUUUUUCCUCAUUUUUUUAAGCGAACGUCUUUUAAGGGAGUAUGCAAGGUUCAGACGUUUGCUUCGCCUAGCCGGGUUCUGCUAGGAGCAAACCGAACCUAGUAUGGGGAGCCUUUAGCUAACUGAACCUAGUAUGGGGAGCCUUUAGCUAACUGAACCUAGUAUGGGGAGCCUUUAGCUAACUGAACCUAGUAUGGGGAGCCUUUAGCUAACUGAACCUAGUAUGGGGAGCCUUUAGCUAACUGAACCUAGUAUGGGGAGCCUUUAGCUAACUGAAACCUGUAUGGGAGCCUUUAGCUAACUGAACCUGGUUAUGGGGAGCCUUUAGCUAACUGAACCUAGUAUGGGGAGUCUUUAGCUAACUGAACCUGGUAUGGGGAGCCUUUAGUCACAUCAGUACCGCACAUUUGGGUUGUUGUUGACGUUCUGAACUUUGAGAAGACUCCAUUAGCCCAAGUUGUUUACUUCACACAAAGCUUGUUUUUGUUUUUGUAUCAAGAUCAUUCCUUUCUGUCUCCCCUUUCUGUAACCCUUUGGUGUCUAGUAUAUUUAGUAUUCCAAAUGCUAUCCCUAUACUGAACAGUAUUCACUAUGGGCCAGUUUCCCUGACCAGAUUAAGACUAGUUCUGGACUGAAAAGCAAGUCAAAGCAUCAUUUUUGAGUCCAGCAAUAGGCUUAAUCUGGGUCAGGGAAACUGUCUCUGUGUGUCUGUAUCUCACAGGGUGUACUGGUGUCUUUCUCUACAGCGAAAGCUUCAUGCCAGAAGGACUCUCUCUAUGUUCUUUGUAAGUAUGCACACCCUGGUGCUCUGUCAUUUCAAUGUUGCAUGCCGUUUAGAAUAUUCAUACUUACCUUCAUUUUGUGUGGCUCGGUUGGUAGAGCAUGCCGCUUGCAACACCAGGGUUGUGGGUUUGAUUCCCACGGGGGACCGGUAUGAAAAUGUAUGCACUCACUACUGUAAGUCGCUCUGGAUAAGAGCUCUGCUAAAUGACUAAAAAGUAAAAUAUAUACACUACCAGUCAAAAGUUUGGACACACCUACUCAUUCAAGGGUUUUUCUUUAUUUUUACUAUUUUUUACAUUGUAGGAUAAUAGUGAAGACAUCAAAACUAUGAAAUAACACAUAUGGAAUCAUGUAGUAACCAAAAAAGUGUUAAACAAAUCAAAAUAUAUUUUAUAUUUGAGAUUCUUGAAAUAGCCGCCCUUUGGCUUGAUCAUCAAGUUUUUAUUUCGUCCCUCUGUGUGUGGAGUAAUUAUCUUGAGGUUGUUGCUGAGGUGCUAGAACAAUGGCCAGACCUUAAUAAGAGGAAGUCUGUUGUUUUUAAAGUUGUGGUCAAAGAAGGGCAACUCCCUUCCAUGUUUGUCCCAUUUUAAAUUAACCACAUGUUUCUUUGUCACUGUAAUGGCAGAUCAUCUCCUUUUAAUACCUACUUAAAAUCAGAUAAUCCCUAACAGAUAGCUACAUCUCAACCCCCUAAUUAUUAUAAUAGUUCUAAUUCUGCUUUUGCCUCAGACCUUCCAGAGCUUUACAUAGUGUAUAAUCAAACACACAAAUAACUCUGGGUUGGGUUCAAAUUCGAAAUCCGUUCUCCCUUCUCCUCUCUUCUGCUCUCCCCCCUCCCCUCCACCCAGCCCAUGAAGGUGCAGCAGGACUCGUUCGAGGAGUGUCCAGAACCCCCAGAGCCCCCAGAACCCCCAGAGCCCCUCUAUGAGGAGGUAGGAGACUUCGGCCUGCAGGUCCUCAAGUCCCUGGAGACCAGCUUCCUCUCCAACAACACCUCAGUGACCCAAGAGGUCCCUGACCGGUCCCUGAGCCUCAGCCUGGGCCACCGGAAGACAGGCUCCCUGGACCGCAUGAUUGGCCCCAAUCCGGUGCACUCGCUGCGGUUGGGAGGAGAGGGUCUGCUGCCCCCUGCUGGUUAUCUGGAUACCCUGGUCCUGGGUGGAGGAGGGGACCUCCAGGAGUCUCCCCAGCCAGUGCCGAGGAGGAGGCAGCAGCACAGGCCCUGUACCCCCUCUCAGGAACUGCUCCUCCAGGAACUGUCCUCCGUCUUCACCAAGAAGACAGAGAAUGAGGAGAAACCGCCAGGAGAGAAGAACGUCAUCUGAGGAAAGGAAAAGGUGGCGAGAACAUCAUUUAAAAAACAACAAUAUUUUUAGUCAUUUAGCAGACGCUCUUAUCCAGAGCGACUUACAGUUAGUGAUCAUAUGAGGAGAGGAAGAGAUGAAGAGGAUGUUAUCUGAGGAGAGGAAGAGAUGUGUGCACACGUAAACUGAGCCCAGACAGACAGAAGACUGCAAUAACAUGGGAGUAUGGACACAACCUAUGUGUCAAAAAUACAUGAUCAGAUAUAAAUAACGAUUUACUUAUGUUUUAUCCUACAAACUGCUUACUGUUCUGCUAUCACUGUGAUGUACAUAUCCAUUUUAUAUUGAAGGAUGCUUCUUGGCUUAUAACAACCUUGCUAAUUGCUUUAGCUAUUAGCUAUGGGAUACCUUUUUGUACUUGUUUUUGAAUAGUUUACUAAACCACUGAGGGAGAAGAGAAAUGGAUCUCUCAUCAGGCAUUGUUGGUGGUAAUGCAUUAGGCAUUAAACACAUUUUAUUUAGUCUUAAACAACUGGAUUUUAAAUAUAAAUGUGUUACAGUCUGUGUGUAUUAAUUUAUUUGUAAAGAAUAUUUUAUCAACUUUUUUUGGUAAAAGCUGUGAAAGUAAGAAAAGGAGAGCUUUGCUACUAGAAGCUCCACUAUCUGGCCAGAAGGUGGCAGUAUGCACACACUAUCUUCUAGAUGUCCACAGAUAAUCCUGAGCGUUGCUACACUAUCUGGCCAGAAGGUGGCAGUAUGCACACUAUCCUUUAGAUAAAUGGAUUCUUAGUUUAAUUCACCCAUGCACAACCACUGUAUGAUGCGAAUACAGCCAAAUAUAAUGAUUAUUAGUGGCACUACAUCCGAACAUUCUGAAUUCACGUUUGAACUUCCAAGUCUAUUGCUUUUUCAUGAAUAUGCCAUAUUCAAGAUAUCCUCCUUUGUCAUAAAUCUAAAUAGACAAUAAGAUAUUCCAAUUUGACUGCCUUUGCCAUGUGUCUAUAGUGUGUUAUAAUGCAUUUGCUUGCAUUGUCCUCCAUUAGUUUUAUUCCCAACUUACUGUAAAUAGUGCACAUUGUUCUGUAUGCUUAUUCCAUUUCAAUAUCCAUUAUGCAGUGUUUUACAUUGUUGUUGCUACAUGAAGGACUAUAUUAAAUAUGAUUUUUUUUUUGUUUUAUGAUAUGUCCAAUUUCUUGAUUUUCCACUAUUUAAGGAUUGAGAAUUUUGAUGAUCAUUUUACAUUAUUUGUAAAUGCAAGUAGAGUGUGAAGUAACACAGCGCUAGUGUCUGAGCAAAUUAGGUUUAAACGUUUAGUCACAGUUCUUUCAUUACCUGGUGGUCUUCUGUCUUCUUACUGCCUUGAUGGUGACUCCUCAUGAUAAAGAAUCACCAUUCUCUGUAUAUUCUCUUUGUCCAAUCACAUUCCUUUUUUAAAGUCAGCCUUGUUUUAGUGGAUUGCUUUAAUCUAGCAUGGGGUCUAGAUUAAAGAGAAACAAAUGAGAAAGGAUUCCAGGUCAGUAGAAUAGGAGAUUAGUAAACAAGUGCCUUUUGUCAUCUGUACAUUGUCAGUUUGUUUCUACUGACCUCUGAAAUGAGAAGCCUUUUCAAGGGAGGAUGGAUUCUGUUUCUACUGACCUCUGAAAUAAAUGAGAAGCCUUUUCAAGGGAGGAUGGAUUCUGUUUCUACUGACCUCUGAAAUGAGAAGCCUUUUCAAGGGAGGAUGGAUUCUGUUUCUACUGACCUCUGAAAUGAGAAGCCUUUUCAAGGGAGGAUGAAUUCUGUUUCUACUGACCUCUGAAAUGAGAAGCAUUUUCAAACCUGAGACAGAUCUAUAUUUAGAAAGAUGUUCAACAAAUAACUAAACCAGGUAGUGCAGAAGGUUUUCCUUAUCAGUUCUCCUCCUCACGGUCAAUGAUUGUGGUUUAAAGAAUAACUAAUGAACGUUACACGUUAUUACUUGUUGCCAAAUGUCAUUUUCUAGUGCUUUAAAAUAUUUUAUUUCCAACUUCCAUCUCUGACACCAGUUUAGAAUUGUUCCAGCUCGAAUCAAUCGAUGCAAACAAAAAAACUGCAUCCCUCCCUGAUGCCAAAGCUUAUACCACUUUCCCCUUCUCUCCCCCACUCUCCGCUUCUCCAGGGGCGGACUUAGUGAUUUGGAGGCCCCAGGCAGAGGCCAGUCAGAGAACCCCCCCCCCCCCCCCCCCCCCCCCCCCCUCCUAUGUGCACAACAUUUUGUUAUGGGUUGUAUAGUAAAGACAUGCAAUUUAACUGUAAAAAAAAACAAAACACAACCAGUCAUGUUUUCAUCUUAUUGUCAAACAAAACAGUUCAAAAAGUAGGUUCUUUGGACGUUCAUCCAAAGUAAUUCCAUCAUCUGAACAGUUGCACUGUGCACCUGCCAACUUUCCUUAGUUUCAGCCACUUGCAAAUGUAUCUCACCAGAGAAAGCAUCCGAGAGAGCGCCCGUCGGUCUUACUAUUUGUAGCCUAUGUAUCUGACGACAUGCCGUACUCUUUUUGGCCAGACAGCAUCAGGACAUACAGUUGGAAGUCGGAAGUUUACAUACACUUAGAUUGGAGUCAUUAAAACUCGUUUUUUCAACCACUCCACAAAUUUCUUAUAACAAAGUCGGUUAGGACAUCUACUUUGUGCAUGACACAAGUAAUUUUCCCAACAAUUGUUUACAGAGAGAUUAUUUAACUUAUAAUUCACUGUAUCACAAUUCCAGUGGGUCAGAAGUUUACAUACACUAAGUUGACUGUGCCUUUAAACAGCUUGGAAAAUUCCAGAAAAUGAUGUCAUGGCUUUAGAAGCUUCUGAUAGGCUAAUUGACAUUAUUUGAGUCAAUUGGAGGUGUACCUGUGGAUGUAUUUCAAGGCCUACAUUCAAACUCAGUGCCUCUUUUCUUGACAUCAUGGGAAAAUCAAAAGAAAUCAGCCAAGACCUCAGAAAAAAAAUUGUAGACCACAAGUCUCGUUCAUCCUUGGGAGCAAUUUCCAAACGCCUGAAGGUACCACGUUCAUCUGUACAAACAAUAAUACGCAAGUAUAAACACCAUGGGACCACGCAGCCAUCAUACCGCUCAGGAAGGAGACGCAUUCUGUAUCCUAGAGGUAAACGUACUUUGGUGCGAAAAGUGCAAAUCAAUCCCAGAACAACAGCAAAGGACCUUGUGAAGAUGCUGGAGGAAACAGGUACAAAAGUAUCUACAGUGGGGCAAAAAAGUAUUUAGUCAGCCACCAAUUGUGCAAGUUCUCCCACUUAAAAAGAUGAGAGAGGCCUGUAAAUUUCAUCAUAGGUACACGUCAACUAUGACAGACAAAAUGAGAAAAAAAAUCCAGAAAAUCACAUUGUAGGAUUUUUUAUGAAUUUAUUUGCAAAUUAUGGUGGAAAAUAAGUAUUUGGUCAAUAACAAAAGUUUCUCAAUACUUUGUUAUAUACCCUUUGUUGGCAAUGACACAGGUCAAAUGUUUUCUGUAUGUCUUCACAAGGUUUUCAUACACUGUUGCUGGUAUUUUGGCCCAUUCCUCCAUGCAGAUCUCCUCUAGAGCAGUGAAGUUUUGGGGCUGUCGCUGGGCAACACAGACUUUCAACUCCCUCCAAAGAUUUUCUAUGGGGUUGAGAUCUGGAGACUGGCUAGGCCACUCCAGGACCUUGAAAUGCUUCUUACGAAGCCACUCCUUCGUUGCCCGGGCGGUGUGUUUGGGAUCAUUGUCAUGCUGAAAGACCCAGCCACGUUUCAUCUUCAAUGCCCUUGCUGAUGGAAGGAGGUUUUCACUCAAAAUCUCACGAUACAUGGCCCCAUUCAUUCUUUCCUUUACACUAAUCAGUCGUCCUGGUCCCUUUGCAGAAAAACAGCCCCAAAGCAUGAUGUUUCCACCCCCAUGCUUCACAGUAGGUAUGGUGUUCUUUGGAUGCAACUCAGCAUUCUUUGUCCUCCAAACACGACGAGUUGAGUUUUUACCAAAAAGUUCUAUUUUGGUUUCAUAUGACAUUCUCCCAAUCCUCUUCUGGAUCAUCCAAAUGCACUCUAGCAAACUUCAGACGGGCCUGGACAUGUACUGGCUUAAGCAGGGGGACACGUCUGGCACUGCAUGAUUUGAGUCCCUGGCGGCGUAGUGUGUUACUGAUGGUAGGCUUUGUUACUUUGGUCCCAGCUCUCUGCAGGUCAUUCACUAGGUCCCCCCGUGUGGUUCUGGGAUUUUUGCUCACCGUUCUUGUGAUCAUUUUGACCCCACGGGGUGAGAUCUUGCAUGGAGCCCCAGAUCGAGGGAGAUUAUCAGUGGUCUUGUAUGUCUUCCAUUUCCUAAUAUUUGCUCCCACAGUUGAUUUCUUCAAACCAAGCUGCUUACCUAUUGCAGAUUCAGUCUUCCCAGCCUGGUGCAGGUCUACAAUUUUGUUUCUGGUGUCCUUUGACAGCUCUUUGGUCUUGGCCAUAGUGGAGUUUGGAGUGUGACUGUUUGAGGUUGUGGACAGGUGUCUUUUAUACUGAUAACAAGUUCAAACAGGUGCCAUUAAUACAGGUAACAAGUGGAGGACAGAAGAGCCUCUUAAAGAAGUUGUUACAGGUCUGUGAGAGCCAGAAAUCUUGCUUGUUUGGAGGUGACCAAAUACUUAUUUUCCACCAUAAUUUGCAAAUAAAUUCAUUAAAAAUCCUACAAUGGGAUUUUCUGGAAUUUGUUUUCUCAAUUUGUCUGUCAUAGUUGACGUGUACCUAUGAUGAAAAUUACAGGCCUCUCUCAUUUUUUUAAGUGGGAGAACUUGCACAAUUGGUGGCUGACUAAAUACUUUUUUUCCCCACUGUAUAUCCACAGUAAAACGAGUCCUAUAUCGACAUAACCUGAAAGGCCGCUCAGCAAGGAAGAAGCCACUGCUCCAAAACCGCCAUAAAAAAGCCAGACUACGGUUUGCAACUGCACGUGGGGACAAAGAGCAUAUUUUUUGGAGAAAUGUCCUCUGGUCUGAUGAAACAACAAUAGAACUGUUUGGCCAUAAUGACCAUCUUUAUGUUUGGAGGGAAAAGGGGAAUGCUUGCAAGCCGAAGAACACGGGGGUGGCAGCAUCAUGCUGUGGGGGUGCUUUUCUGCAGGAGGGACUGGUGCACUUCACAAAAUAGAUGGCAUCAUGAGGAAGGAAAAUUAUGUGGAUAUAUUGAAGCAACAUCUCAAGACAUCAGUCGGGAAGUUAAAGCUUGGUCGCAAAUGGGUCUUCCAAAUGGACAAUGACCCCAAGCAUACUUCCAAAGUUGUGGCAAAAUGGCUUAAGGACAACAAAGUCAAGGUAUUGGAGUGGCCAUCAUGAAGCCCUGACUUCAAUCCUAUAGAACAUUUGUGGGCAGAACUGAAAAAACGUGUGCGAGCAAGGAGGCCUACAAACCUGAGUCAGUUACACCAGCUCUGUCAGGAGGAAUGGGCCAAAAUUCACCCAACUUAUUGUGGGAAGCUUGUGGAAGGCUCCCCGUAACGUUUGACCCAAGUUAAACAAUUUAAAGGCAAUGCUACCAAAUACUAAUUGAGUGUAUGUAAACUUCUGACCCACUGGGAAUGUGAUGAAAGAAAUAAAAGCUGAAAGAAAUAAUUCUCUCUACUAUUAUUCUGAUAUUUCACAUUUAUAAAAUAAAGUGGUGAUCCUAACUGACAUAAAACGGAAUAUUUACAAGGAUUAAAUGUCAGGAAUUGUGAAAAACUGAGUUUAAAUGUAUUUGGCUAAGGUGUAUGUAAACUUCAGUCUUCAACUGUACAUGUCCUCUGUCUCCACGGUGAUGGCAGUAUUAUCAGCAGCACCUGUCUAAAGAAAUACUUUAAUUUAAGUAAUUUUUCUGUUCACAUUAAAUCAUUUUUAUUUUCUCUGCCCGCUCUAAAAGCACCUCAUUGCUGCUUCGGGGGGAGGGGGGGGGGGGGGGGGUGUGAAUAAAAAUGAUUACUAGUAUUAUUAUUUUUAUUAUGCCCAGCUCACGAGGCCCCUUGGUGAUGUGAGGCCUGAGGCAAUUGCCUCUUCUGCAUAAUGUUAAGUCACUGCCGUUCUCUUCUCUCCCCCACUCUCUUAACCAGUAGCUUUCAGAUGCUAAAUAAGCAGACAUAUGGAGAGGAGGUCUUUCUCCGGCCCUCCUAAAGUUUCAGAUUGUAUGACAAAUCACGUCCCCCCAGCCCCCAGCCCCACACAGACUCGGCAGACAACAGCUUCAUUAGAGUGAAAGAGGGAGUAUUUUUUUUUUUUUUUUUUUUUUUUUUCAGCUUUGUCGAGUCAAGCUCAGACCCUUUCCCCUUCUCAAUUACUCCAUUGUUGGCACCGGCUUCAAGUUAUUGCACUCCAAACCAUACGGCUCAGUCGAGACGCCACAAGUGAUGCCAUCUCUGGAACAUAACUUUUAUCAGAGAAGUCCAGUUCAGGUUAGUAGACUGGCUACCACCAAGAGUUCUGGUAUAGAAACAUACAGGGAUAUAUUCAACCGGUGUCAACAUACAGGGGAACGGUUGAAUGUAACUUAAAGGGUUGAAACUCCAAAAAAUUUAUUACUAUAGUGUUAUUACUAUAUCAUAACCAUGAUCAGUAUUAUUGUUCAGAUGAAUCCUAUGAAGACAUGUUAAAGGGUGAUAACACACCAUUCAACGCAGAAUCCCACCAUAAUAAACUGCUGUUAUAUAAUAGAAAGUCGUCUCCUGGGUGUACAGCACAUAGAGGUGGUGUUGCCAACAGCUCUGGGGACCACGUCCCUUCUUCCAGGGGCCUGUGGCCAUACGGUGGUGUUUACUCUGCUGAUG